GCAAGACAAUGAAAAUGAACAGGAAGAUGUGCCCGACUACAGCCGUCAGGCUGAUGCUUCAACAGAAGUCAGAGCCAUCAGGGAACCCCCUGCUAUUGAUCCCACAUUGUUACGUCAGAUGUUUCAGAAUCUGAAUAAGAAGCAAGCCUGCAUAUUUUAUGCAGUUAGAGACUGGUGCAUUAAAAGAGUCUGUGCUCUAAAUCCGGAGCAGUUUUUCUUUUAUAUUAAUGGUGGUGCUGGAACAGGAAAAUCACAUCUUAUCAAAUGCAUCUACUCAGAAGCAUCUAAGAUACUGAGCAAAGUGCCCAGAUAUGCAGACGACGUUGACAUAUCAAAACCCACUGUCCUGUUAACUGCUUUCACUGGGACUGCAGCAUUUAACAUUUCUGGAACAACACUGCAUUCUCUACUCAAGCUCCCUAGAAGCUUAAAACCUCCCAUUCAGGGACUUGGCAAUCAGCUGGAUGAAGUCAGAUCAGAACUUUUGAAUGCUGAAAUAAUCGUCAUUGACGAAGUGUCUAUGGUGUCAAGACAUCUCUUUGCAUAUGUAGAUGCAAGACUCAAACAGAUCAAAGGGACUCGGAGACCCUUUGGAGGCAUGUCAGUCAUUGCUGUUGGAGACUUCUAUCAGCUACCCCCAGUGCGACAGUCGAAACCUCUCUGUGUGCACGACCCGUCCGAGAUCGACCUGUGGCGGGAGCAUUUCAGAUGAUCACUCUGACUGAGAUUAUGCGUCAGAAAGAUGAUGUUGUCUUUGCUGAGAUGCUGAACAGAAUCCGUGUGAAAGGAAAGUUGGAUGUGCUUUGUGAAGCAGAUAGAAAUUUGUUGUCACAGGCCAUAACUGAACCAGCCCAUUGUCCGACUGAUGCGUUGCACAUUUUUGCAACUAACAAAGAAGUGGAUGCACACAACUCUGCAACACUGGGUCUGCUCCAUACUCAUAUCAUUGACAUCCAUGCAGAUGAUUAUAGAAAGGAUCCUAGAACUGGCAGAAUGGCAUUACAAGACAGACCAUUCAAAGGAGGUAAAAACGAGUUACCAGACACACUGAAAGUUGCAGAAGGAGCUCGUGUCAUGCUCACCAGAAACAUUGACAUACAAAAUGGUUUGGUUAAUGGAGCUUUUGGAAAACUACUUAGAGUAGUUUACUCUGAAAAUGACCGACACAUCAUCAAGCUUGGACUUAAAAUGGAUAAUGAGACAUCUGGAAAGAAUAACCGCACACCAGCAGACGACAUGGUGUACAUUGAGAGAGCAGAGGAGAAUCUGAAGCAGAAAGGAGUGGUACGAAGACAGUUCCCAGUGAAGCUGGCCUUUGCAUGUACAAUACAUAAGGUACAGGGAAUGACAACCACAUCAGCUGUUGUCUCUCUUAAGAGCAUUUUUGAGCCCGGCAUGGCCUACGUAGCUGUCAGUAGAGUGACGUCUCUCAAUGGACUCUAUCUUCUUGAUAUGGAGGAGAAAAAAAUAUUCACCAAUCCAGAAAUCACUGCAGCACUUGAGAACAUGAGACAAGCCAACCUUGAUGACAUGAUGCCUCUUCUACAUGUGAGACAAACACUGAGCAGGUCAGAGGUUUUCACCAUUGUUCAUCAUAAUACAGAGGGACUGCCAGCUCACAUUAAUGACAUCAAGAGUCACCAUGAAUUGUGUCUAGCAGAUGUUUUGUGCCUAACAGAAACACACCUGCGGGGCUCUUUUGUCGCAGAGAGUCUCCAUUUGGAAAAUUACAAUUUGUUCAAACGCAACAGACACCUGUCCUACACAAACUUUCCCCAGAUGGCAAACAGAAAUGGUGGUGGAGUUGCUGUUUAUGUGAAAAGUGACAUUCAAGUGCAUGAAAAACAGUACAUCCAUAAUGUAACUGACCUUGAAUUUCUGGCUUUAAAGGUUGAAGCACCAGUCAGUGCUCUAAUUGCAGUUGUGUACAGACCUCCAGACUACACUCUGAGGCCAUUCCUGAAAAACCUGGUGUUUCCCUCUGUGAUCCAUCCCCUUCAGAGCUGAGACACUCAGGACUGAACAGACUGCACAGUUUCUGUGACCGAGCCUCCAAAACACCUUCUUUGAAACCACACAUGAUAGAAGGGCUUUAUAUUUGCAGCAGCACUACUAAAGGUAUUCAGUUUAUUACAGGAUGUGUUUGUUUCUUAGGACCAGCUCUAAGUGCACACUACCUAACAUAUACACCUUUCUGUUCAUUACAAACCAACUACUCUGGAUCAUAUGGCCAGUCGGCAGGAAUGUUGCUGCAGGAAAACAUCCCUGAAGAUCACCAUCAUUGUCAGACUGACUGUGCCUCCUCUGUGCAGUGUCAAGAUCCUCCCUAAAUGAGUGUGUAAGUUCAUUAUUUUAUUCCCUAUGACAAGACAAGUAUCACUGAUAUUUACAUUUACAACUACAUAUGUUCCUGUUUUCUGCUCCUCAGCUAUCCUGCUUCUGUGCUGCUUGCCACACAUCAAACACUGGCCGGAUGACAGGGAGGAUCCACUCUGAAGUCACUGGACAUGAUGAGGAUCAUAUGGGACUUUAUAGUUUCACAGAAAUGUUGUGCUCUUUGAUUACAGGUUUUAAAUGGACAUAAUGACUGCCUCUCUCUGAUCUGACAGGCUAAAGGAUUGUUUUCAUUGUUAGUGCUCUGUACAGUGUAUGCUUAUUUAAUAUUUCAUCACAGAGCAAACCUUUAUUUAUUUAACAUAUUUUUAUUUUGUUUUAAUGUUGAAUUAACUGUGGGGAUUUUUUUAAGUGGGCACUCGGGAUGUCAUAUGACCAGAAAUGUGGUAACUGGAAUUCAACAGUAUGUAAAGAAAGAAUCUGCUAAGAACAUAACACACACAAAAACCCCCAAGAGAACUCAAAUUCGUUCCAUGUAAUCCAAUCUAAAACAUUUUAAACUGCUGAACAGCAACACAAACAGUGUUAAAGAAACAGUGUUAACAGAAUAAUUAUGAUGAGUUUGUACCAAAGUUUCAGGUCACAUGGCACACCUAGUGUGUAGUGUGGGGUAUCAGCUGGUAAGUAUAGGUUUUUUCAUAUUUGUGUCCUUAGAGUUUAGAUAGAUAAAGCCUUGUGUAUAAUAAUUAGUCAUAACCACAACUCAAAGUCAGGGAUUAACUAAAUUUGGGACUUUGUGUCUGAGCCCAGGUUAAAACACAGUGUAAAAAAGCAUUUAGUGGCAUGGCUGAACAAUGCUGUAAACUAAUGAUACUUAUUUAUCCAUGUUCACAAAAAGGACUAAUGUGUUCAUUUGAUUAUUUGUAUGUGUUAAACUGUGUCACCACCUUAGGCUUUCGUUUGAGUUCACUCAAAAAUCUCUAUACAGUUCUCUUUUACCACUGUGUGGACACUGUUUACAAUAAAACAUAAAAAAGAAUGAGUAAUAAAAAGAUGUGUAGACAGAUCAGUAGAUUCAGUAGACCAAUAUUAGCAGCUGUUCAGCCAUGUUCUACGAAACAAACACAAUUUAAAGGUUCAGGAUUGUGGUUUUAAAAGUUGAAUUUUCAUGUAUUUCAUAUGUUGCUUAUUAUUUUUAUUUGGUUAUUUAAUUUAGUUAUUUUUAUUUAUUCUCCUGUGAAGUGUUUAACAAAAAAAAGCAACUUUAAUUUCAAUUUUAUUUGUUUAUUAUUUGGUAAUUUGUUCUUUAAGAAUCGAGUCUGUGCCAAAAACUAAAGUUGAACAGACACAUGACAGGAUCAGAUUAUUAACACCUUAAAACAUUGCAAACGUCUCUUUUUAAAAUGAUUUUUAUUUUUAUUCUAUUUCGAAAAAAAAAAAACAUUUGUUGAAUUAAUUUAAGUCCUUUUCAGAAAGAAGCUGUACAAUAUGACUUAAGAUUUUUAUGUUAUUUUCUAUGAUAUACAAAACAAAUUGAUGUAUGUAAUACCAUUAAACAUGAUAUACACAUAUGUAUAUGUCUGAAAAACAUUAUGCUGUAUAUUAAAGCUUGUAUUUUCUCCA